AUGCGCACUCGCCACAGCCCAAUCUCCGCUCUGCCCAACCUACACUCCUUUCAUUGGCCUGGCUCCGCCUUGCCUGGCUCCGCCUACCACCGCACCCUCUCACCCUUUUCCUGGCUGGCCUUCGGAAUGCAAAGGGCCUCGCGGCAUCGUCAGGCGAAGCUGACAUGGACUGAUGACAGCAGCCGCCGGCUCCGCGUGGCCGCAGAGGCCGCGAAGGACGGGGGCGCGGAGCUGGCAGUGGGGGACCUGGAGGCGGAGGCGGAAGUUAUUGAAGCGCAGAUUAAGGCGCUGCGGGAGGAGAAUGCGAAGCUGCGGGAGCAGAUGAUCUUCACGCAGGAGGGCCCCAAGGUGGUUCCGCCGCCGGGCGAGGGCAAGAGGAUCUUCGACACCGACGAGUACCUCAACGCGCACCGCAUUCACCUCGAGUACCGCUUCGGGCAGUACAAGAAGCUGCGGUGGGAGAUCGACCAGCACGAGGGCGGGCUGGAGAAGUUCUCUCGCGGCUACGAGAAGUUCGGCUUCAACCGAGUGCACAACGGCAUCGUGUACCGCGAGUGGGCUCCUGGCGCUUAUUCGGCGUCGCUGAUCGGCGACUUCAACAACUGGAAUCCCAACGCCGACAUCAUGAAAAAGGACGAGUUCGGCGUGUGGGAGCUCUUCCUGCCCGACAACCCCGAUGGCACCCCCGCCAUUCCCCAUGGUUCCCGCGUCAAGAUCCACAUGGACACGCCGUCGGGGUGGAAGGACGCGAUCCCCGCGUGGAUCAAGUUCGCCGUGCAGGCGCCCGGCGAGAUCCCCUACAACGGCAUCUACUACGACCCGCCGCCGCAGGAGCGCCACGUGUGGAAGAACGCACGCCCCAAGCGACCCAGAGCGUUGCGCAUCUACGAGGCGCACGUGGGCAUGAGCAGCACUGAGCCGCGAGUGAGCACGUACGCGGAGUUCCGCGACAACGUGCUGCCGCGCGUGCGCGAUCUGGGGUACAACGCCAUCCAGCUCAUGGCCAUCCAGGAACACGCCUACUACGGCUCCUUCGGGUCCGUCCCCCAUUCCCUUUUCGUCCGCUUCCCUUUCACGCGUUUAACGGCUCGUUCGGUUCUGUUGCCCCGCUCUCACUGCAGCUGUCCCUCCCGCCCUUUUCCACCUCAUUGCUCCUCUGCUCUGCUUGUUCCACGCCAUCGCAUCCCCCUAUCCCUCAUAUCAUCCCUUCCUCUGCGUCGCCCGCCGGCAUCCGCGCGACUCUCCCUUCACAACCCCCCCCGGCGCAGGUACCACGUGACCAACUUCUUCGCGGUGAGCAGCCGGUGCGGCACGCCCGACGAGCUCAAGAGCCUCAUUGACGCGGCGCACGGCAUGGGCAUCGUCGUGCUCAUGGACUGCGUGCACAGGUGGGUGGGCCGCACAGGUUACGGGACGGUUGACAUGCAAGAGGGAGCGGGGACGUGGGUGUGCGCGAGUGCACGUGCAGUCAUGCCUGUGCGCACGCGCAUCACCACAUACAGCUUGCCGGUGCACCCCACCCUUGUUGGGCACUGCCUCUGUUCGCACUCUCUCGCCCUCUCCGCUCCGCCCCUCUUCCUCCUCAACCGCAUCCACGCGUCGAACAACGUGUUGGACGGGCUGAACAUGUUUGAUGGCACGGACGGGCAGUACUUCCACUCGGGCGAGCGCGGGUACCACUGGAUGUGGGACUCGCGCCUCUUCAACUACGGCCACUGGGAGGUGGUGCGCUUCCUGCUCUCCAACCUGCGCUGGUGGCUCGAAGAGUACAAGUUCGACGGCUUCCGCUUCGAUGGCGUCACCUCCAUGAUGUACACGCACCAUGGGCUGCAGAUGGCGUUCACAGGCAACUACGAGGAGUACUUUGGGUUCGCCACGGACGUGGAGGCAAUGGCAUACCUGAUGGUGGCGAACGACAUGAUGCACGGGCUCUACCCCGACUGCGUCACCAUCGCUGAGGAUGUCAGCGGCAUGCCCACGCUGUGCCAGCCCGUGGCGUGGGGCGGCGUGGGCUUUGACUACCGCCUGCAGAUGGCCAUCGCUGACAAGUGGAUCGAGCUGCUCUCCGAGCAAUCAGACGAGCAGUGGCAGAUGGGUGACAUAGUGCACACGCUGACCAACCGGCGGUGGAUGGAGAAGUCGAUUGCGUAUGCGGAGAGCCACGACCAGGCGCUGGUGGGCGACAAGACCAUUGCGUUCUGGCUCAUGGACAAGGACAUGUACGACUUCAUGGCCCUCGAUGGGCCCUCCACUCCGCGCGUGGACCGCGGCAUUGCGCUGCACAAGAUGAUUCGGCUCAUCACCAUGGCGCUGGGCGGCGAGGGCUACCUCAACUUUAUGGGCAACGAGUUCGGCCACCCUGAGUGGAUUGACUUCCCGCGGUGGGACUUCACGACCCCGGCGGGCAAGUUCAUCCCGGGCAACGGCGGCAGCUACCACCUGUGCCGGCGCCGCUUUGACCUGGCGGACGCCACGUACCUGCGCUACAAGGGGCUCAACGACUUCGACCAGGCCAUGCAGCAGCUCGAAGAGACCUACAAGGUGCCAAAGGGGGAAGGGGGGAAGAGGUGGUACGUGAGGCGAGGAGAGGUGCUAGGUAGGGUGGGGAAGGAGAGGCACAAGUUCAUCUCAUCAGAGCACCAGUACGUGUCGCGCAAGGACGAGGGCGACAAGCUGAUCGUGUUUGAGCGCGGCGACCUGGUGUUUGUCUUCAACCUGCACUGGCAGAACUCCUACACCGACUACCGCAUCGGCUGCAACAAACCCGGCAAGUACAAGGUGGUGCUGGACUCGGAUGAGGGGCGCUUUGGGGGCUACAACCGCAUCGACCACAACGCCGCCUUCUACUCCAAUGAGGGGUGGCAUGACGGGAGGCCGCACUCGUUCCAGGUGUAUGCGCCGUCGCGCACGGCGGUGGUGUACGGCCCGGCAGACUACGAGGACCCUCUCAUUGAGUACUGCGAGGAGAACCCCGACACUGAUGAGUGCCGCACCUACGACGAGUAA